AUGCAUCUCAUGAGGCACAGAUUGGGGGUGGGCCACUCGUUGUACAUGGACAACUAUUACAACAGUGUCCCACUGGCCGCAACUUUAUUGAGGGAGUCCACCUACUGCACAGGCACCCUGAGAGCAGACCGCAAAUACUUGCCGGAGGAGGUCAAAACAGCGGUCCUGAAAAAAGGAGAAACUGUGGCAAGAUAUGCCCAGGGGAUAGCUGUCGCAAAGUGGAAAGAUAAGCGAACAGUGCUCUAUAUUUCUACUGAGUUUGAGAAUGAAAUGGCAGUUUCCCACAACAGAUAUGGUCAACCUAGGCAGAAACCCUUGGCGAUUAUCCACUAUAAUGCCGAGAUGUCUGGAGUGGACAGACACGACCAGUUGAUGGCGUACUACCCGGCUGAACACAAGUCCUUGAGGUGGUACAAAAAGGUUUUUGUCCACAUUCUUCAAAUGGGUUUCAUAAACGCAUUCAGACUGUAUAAAAAGUCCAACCCUGCCACAAAAAAAUCUCUGUAUGACUUCAGGAUUGACCUUGUACAUGCUCUGCUGCCUCCAAAGGAACGACUUCUACUGCGACCUGUCCAGAGAAACCAAAACCGGCACGUGAUCUCUAAAAUCCCCAAGCUGCCCAACAAAGCACGUGUAUCCAGGAGACGCUGCAAACAGUGUCAAACCGAAGGCCGCGAAACACGCACAAUUUAUUUCUGUGCACAGUGUGAUGGCGAACCAGGCUUGUGUGCAUUGGCCUGUUUCGAUAAGUGGCACGCCUGA